AUGAAGGCAGUGCGUAUACUAACGGCAAUAGUGUCAAUUCUACUUGGAGGGAAAAUAAUAUCAGGAAGUUUAAAAGUAAAUAUGGAUAAUAAAACAUAUACUCUUUUAUAUAAUAAUAAAAGAGUAAACUUUAAUGAAAUUGAUCCCCUGCGAAUUAUGUUUCAUUCGAAUCAAGUAAAGCAUUGUGGAAAUUCCAUUAUUGAUUUCUUAAAUAUUAUUUCAUCAUAUGACUUAUCCAAGAUGAGUUUUGUUGUUAAACAUAUAGAUAUUACUUAUGAUAAACCUUUGGUAUAUGAUCAGAUGUAUAAAAUAAUCGGGGCUGUUACGUAUUAUGGAAAUACAUCUUUAAAAAUAAGCUUAAUUGGGACAAGUAUAGAAAAUAAAAAAAAUAGUACUGGUAUUUUUGGUAUAAAAAAUUUAUUAGGUGUUACUGGCUCUGAUAUAGAAGAACUUAAAAAAAAUGAAAAUAAAUUGGAAGAAAUUUUUAAAAAAUAUAAGGAAAGUAAUAAAGGAAUUAUUGAUAUAAAUGAUAAAGAACUACAUGAUAUGGAAAAACAAAAACAAUGCAAAAAUUAUUUCCUAGCCCAUUAUACGAUAGUUCAUAUAGAUAAAUAUGGAUUCAAAAAAACAAUUAAAGAUGAAUACAAAAAGGAUUAUCCUGUAAUGGCACUUGAGAAGCUCAAAGAAUUAGCGACAACUUUCUGCUAA